AUGGAUCCGAGGGUCUCACCGGAUCUACUUGCAUUGAGCACGUGCUUCGACCAGACGAAUGGAGCCUCGGAGGUCGCGCAAAGACUGCGCGUCCUCACUGGGCAGCGGGGCAGCGCGAGGUUCAAUUCCGAAGUGGCCGAGUGCCUCAUGCGCAUCAAGGAGAUCGACGGAAUAGCCAAAGUGGAGCAGUGCCGCCUCUCCGAGUCAGGGCUCACAGAGCGGAGCCGCAUCGCCGAGGAGGCGCGCUCCCAGCGCUACAAGCACCUGGUCGACGUGAUGCAGGUGUCCGUCAAGGAAGGUGCGGAGACGGCGCGGCAGGAGAUCUCUGCGAGGGCGGAGGUCUCCAAAGAGACCGUGAAAGGACACGUGCAAAUUCAGGAGGUUCAAUCCCGGGUGCAGCAGUCCAGUUCAAACUUUUGGCAGUGGGUCGCGCUGACCCUGAUCUUCUCGACCAUUCUGACUGGGCGCCGGCGCGCCUCGCUUCGUGGAGGCGCCAGCCGGCUCCUUAGCUGGCUUCCUUGGCUGCUGCUGGCGGUGGUCGGGUGGAGGCAGACGCGUGCCACACGACUUCAUCUGUCACAGCUGAUGAAGACGAUGCGCUCUCUACCCCUGCUUCGGUUGAGCAGCCUGUUUGGUGGAGGCGCAGCCUCUGCCGCAGCCCCCGUCGCAGCCGAAGUCGCGACUCCGCCCCCCGUCAGCCCCCCUCCUGCCAGCGAGCCGUCAGCUCUUGAGUCGGACAGAGAUUCGCCCAAGGGCUCGGCGACCUCCACAGUGCUGCGCAGCGAGCAGGAGGGCGACGCGCCGGCGGCCUUGAGGCGGCUGCUGCAGCCCGUGGGGCUCGACGUCUACACGGAGCGGCUGCUGGCGGAGGGCUACGACACGGAGGCUCUGACGAUGCUGGAGGGCACCGAGCGGGAGGAGAUGUUGAAGAUUAUCCAAUGCCUGCCGGGGCACAAGGUGAAGUUCCGAAAGCUCCUCUGGCGAAGCCAAAGCUGA